AUGUUCGUGCCGUCGACGAUCAUCUCGGGGGGCAUGUGGGCGCUCCAGCACCUGCACCAGUCGACGUUCAUGGACGAGCUCCAGCUCAUCGACCGCGACACGAUGAACGAGUCCUUCAUGUACAAGCUGAGCCAGGCCAAGGGCUUCGAGUACUUCAAGUACGUCGUCCUCGUCGGGUCCACGCAGGACUCCUACGUGCCCAUGCACACGGCCCAGGCGACGAUCCCCCGGCCGGCGGAGGCGGACAAGAAGGGCGGCGGCGACGCCUACAUGCAGAUGGCCACGAACCUCAUGAGCCCGAUCUCGCAGAAGACGGCGGAGAGCGACAAGCAGACGACGGUCGUGCGCCUGACGAUGGAGUACAAGUUCACGCAGACGAACCUCGACACCGUCAUCGGCCGCGCCGCCCACCUCGCCUACAUCGACUCGUCCGCCGCCGUCCUCCUGAUACUCUUCUCCCUCUACAACCUCCUCAAGUGA